AUGUAUAUUGCACUAACCUCAUCUCCCCCAGAAAUGAAUGCCAACAGCAUGCCCAAACAAGUGGAGGUGAGGAUGCACGAGAGUCACCUGGAGCCCAUUGAGGCGAGGCCUCGGUCCAAAUGUGCCCAAAUCUGCUCCAAAAUGUUCAAGAACCUUCUGCUCACGCUCACUGUCCUCGGUGUGAUCCUGGGAGCUGUAUCAGGGAUGUUGCUGCGUGUUGCUUCCCCGAUUCACCCAGAUAUUGUCAUGGUGAUCUCCUUUCCUGGAGAUAUCCUGAUGAGGAUGCUGAAGAUGUUGAUCCUGCCUCUUAUUAUCUCCAGUUUAAUCACAGGUCUAGCUGGUCUGGAUGCCAAAUCUAGCGGUCGCCUGGGCACCAGAGCUAUGGUGUACUACAUGUCCACCACCAUUAUCGCUGCUAUCCUGGGUGUCAUCCUGGUGCUAGUCAUCCACCCCGGUAACCCCAAACUAAAGGAGAACCUGGGCGAGGGUGAGAAGAAUGAUGACGUGUCCAGCUUGGAUGCCUUCUUCGAUCUGAUAAGGAACCUCUUCCCAGAGAACCUGGUGCAGGCCUGCUUCCAACAGAUCCAAACAGUCACAAAGAAAAUUGAGGUGGUUGUUGAGGAGGAUGUCAACGUCACCACUGUGGAGGGCCUGGUGGCUAACAUUACCAAGGAGCCUCAGUACAUCAUCAAAAAGUCACUUCAGUUCAAAAGUGGCAUGAAUGUUCUGGGUAUGAUUGGUUUCUUUAUUGCAUUUGGCAUCUGCAUGGGCAAGAUGGGAGACAAGGCCAGACUCAUGAUCGAAUUCUUCAAUAUCCUCAAUGAGAUUGUGAUGAAACUUGUCAUCUUGAUCAUGUGGUACUCUCCCUUUGGUAUCGCCUGUCUGAUUUGCGGCAAGAUCAUCUCCAUUAAGGACUUGGAGGUGGUGGCCAGGCAGCUUGGCAUGUAUAUGGUGACCGUGAUAGUUGGCCUGAUCAUCCACGGAGCGAUCUUCCUGCCUAGCAUUUACUUUGUCAUAACAAGGAAAAACCCCUUCACCUUUUUCUUGGGAAUCUUCCAGGCCUGGAUCACUGCUCUGGGGACAGCUUCAAGUGCUGGUACUCUGCCUGUCACCUUCCGCUGCCUGGAGGAGAAUUUGGGAAUUGACAAAAGAGUCACCCGUUUUGUGCUCCCAGUAGGGGCCACCAUCAAUAUGGAUGGAACUGCUCUUUAUGAGGCUGUAGCGGCCAUCUUUAUUGCCCAGAUGAAUGGUGUUCAUCUUGACCCUGGCCAGAUUGUCACAGUCAGUUUGACAGCCACCCUGGCCAGUGUCGGAGCAGCCAGUAUUCCCAGUGCUGGCCUGGUGACUAUGCUGUUGAUCCUCACUGCUGUCGGCUUGCCAACCCAGGAUAUCAGUUUGCUGGUUGCUGUUGACUGGCUGUUGGAUCGAUUCAGGACCUCGGUGAAUGUGGUGGGCGACUCCUACGGUGCAGGGAUUGUGUAUCAUAUGUCCAAAGCCGAGCUGGAUGAGCUGGACGCACACAUGGCUAAGUCGGACGACAUCGAAAUGAUGACAAAGACCCAGUCCUAUUACGACGACAUGAAGAACCACCACGAAAACAAUUCCAACCAGUGCGUCUUAACCGCAGCUGCUUCCACAGCUGAUAGUGCCAAUGCUAACACUUCUGUCUUAGUAGAUGAAUGCAAGGUAACCUCAGCCGCUAACGGUUCUGCUGCGGAGUGCACGCUUGUUGAGGAGGAACCAUGGAAACAUGAAUAA